AUGUCUUCCCAAAGGCCAAACACGUCCAAUAAUGCAGUCCCAUAUUCUCAAGGAACAUCCAGUUCAGCUGCAGGGUCGUCGCGCAAGAGAGCUCGACUAAACAGUGCAGCUAGCUUCGGCCUCGAGGUGGUUGCAAAUGUAGCAGAGGCAUCAGAUAUACUUGCUCCUCUCAAAGCUGCCUCUCGAACGACGAAAUCGAUCAUUGAUGCCAUGCAGGCUAUCGAUGAUAAUCAAGAAGACUGGAUCGAUCUAACUCAACGUAUGGAACAAUACAAGUCAGCAAUCAAGGAUCAAAUCGACUCGUUCCCGAAGUACCCCCCAGAGGAGAGUCUUCCAGACGAGGUGUUGAGCUGUCUCCUUCGAUAUCAGAAUGUUCUAGAGGAUUUCGGUACGGUAGUAAACCAAGCUUACAAACGACGCCGCAUGAGUAUCAGCGCGCUCACUGGAAUCGGGAAAGUGAAAGUCGACGCAGGAGCCAUCUCUAAAUUCAAUCGUGAUAUCGAGGAUGCGCAUAGGCAGUUCAUGGAAGCAAUGAUUGUGUUUAUCGCAUCCCGCGUUCAAGUCAACAAAGCUAUCUUGGCCAAUGUGGAUAAAUCUGCCAUACUACAGCUUCCAUUGGUCCCAUUUGUCGCGUCGUCAGUUCACAACCCAUGCUUACAAGGAACACGUCGAGCUGUUCUUGAGACCAUCUCGCGCUGGGCCGAGGAUGACAUGUCGGGGAAACCCAUAUUCUGGGUAUGCGAUAUAGCAGGCUCUGGCAAAUCCACCGUCGCAAUGUCCGCCAUGGAGAUGUGGAGAGCAGAUGGAACGCUAGGAGGCCAGUUCUUCUUCUCUAUGAGCAACAGUGAAGCAUCCACCACCGAGAAAUUCUGCUCGACGAUGGCCAGGGAACUCGUUCACCACAUCCCAGAACUUGCACCUCAUAUCACCGAAGCCGUGACGCAAAACCCGGCUAUCAUGCGAAGUCCAUUGAGCGAACAAUUCCGCACGCUCAUCACCCGUCCACUCCGCCAUCGACGGAGGCGCGUGGUUCUUGUCAUUGACGCCAUUGAUGAGUGCAAGUCUGGAACACAACGAAAGGAACUCCUCGAAACGCUCGCCACGGCUACUCGAGAGAGCAGAAAUCUCAAAAUUUUCAUCACGAGUCGACCGGACUCGGCCAUCGAAGCAGUUUUGCGACCACUGUCAAUCAAGGAAAAGCUGGAGGAUCGCCUGCAUAAUAUCGAACAUUCUGACAAUAUUGGUGACAUUGGCGUCUACGUACAUAAUUCGCUCUAA